AUUAGAAUUAGGAAACUAAGCCGUCAUGCAUAUGUAUACGUAGUAUAUAACUACUCGUAUAUCAUCAUCAUUCACUCAUUCAUUCGAAAAAUUAAACAGAGAUAAUAUAAUUAUCAUCGUUCUUGCCCUGCCUUCGUACGUGUUCAAUUCACAAGAAUUCUCGGUCGAUCAUGAAUUCCGCGGAAGAGAUGUCCGCCGCACUGGCCUUCAUCAGAAGAGUGAAGCAAAGGUUCCCAAAGUACCAAGCUUUCGCCGCAGCUUUGAAUGGCUUCAUGGCGGGACAAACGGACGCCGAAACCGCCCUGUCAAAUGUCUACGCCUUUCUGGACGGCCACCGCGACUUGGUGGAGGAAUUCAACGACUUCCGCUUGCAGUUCAAUCCUCCGAGUCCGAAGGCGGCUGAUUGUGUGGAGGCUCAUCACGCCCGCGUCCGGCUCGCCAAGGAAUCCCCGGACAGAUCUAGACCCCCGACAUCCAUGGGAAACGACGGGUUCAAGAAUCCGAGGAAGCGAAAGGCGGCGGAAGAUUUGGAGGGCCACCACGCCCGGGUCCGGGACGCCAAGGAAUUCGUGGACAGAAUCCGGAUAUUCGCGGGAGACGAGGUUUACGCUUCUUUUCUCCGAGCCGUCGACGGCUUCAAUGGCCACCGGGACGUGAGGGAAGUGGACAGAGAGGUGGAUGCUCUGUUUCAAAAGAGCCGGAACCCGGAGCUGUACGUUACCUUUACCCGGUUCACCGCCGAUUCUUGGCCGGACCCGGACGCGGACACCGCCGGAGCCAACGCCGGUGGAGGGCAGUUGGUGAAGAAGAAGAAGGCGAGGAAGAGUGCGCCGAAGCCGGACACCACUCUGGCAGACUGCGAAGACGAGUUGUAUGAGAGCGACAUGAUCCUCCACGCGCUCGAAGCAACUCAGCGCGUGACAAUAAAAUUAUUGGUGUCGCCAUUGACGACGGACAAGAAAGAAGUGGAAGAAUGUUACAGCGCCGUGAAUCGGCGGUGCAUACGCAGAACAUUGGGAGAGGAGGCGGCGGGUCGGAUGAUUGAGUCGCUGAGGAAGAAUCGGAGCGUGGCCUUAGAGGAAUUGACCCGUAUUUUGAAAGAGCGGAUCCAAAAAACCCGCCUCCAGUGCCAAGAGAUUAAGCAGCGCUGCGCCCACACCUUUUGUAACAAUAGUUCACGGCAAUGAUGUUAAUUCGACCACUUUAGCAUUCUUUGAUCUGAUUCCUAUUUUUUAUUCAAUUAAUUGAUUAACAUUUUUUUGUUAAAUUUAUGUAACGAUUCAAGUUUUAAGGGAGGUCAUCAAUAAGACUUGUUUUAGUAGUUCCCAACAAA